AUGAAAGAUCUUGACAAGACUGUUAAAGAUUUUUGUAAAAAAGUUCCUUUUGCAUACAAAUUAUUCUAUACCGAUGAAAACAAACACGUAAGGUUAAAAAGAACAUUUGGAUUCGUAUCUGGAUUCAUUUUAGGGUUGAUAUUCUAUCGAUACAUCCUGUCGGAAUUAAGUUUUACCGAUACUGUUGAAUUUUGGAUGACUCUGAGCAUUUGCAUUGCCUUAGGAUUUGGAAUUGCUUUGUCUUCACAAAUUCGAUGUAUUACCUUACUUACAUUUCCAAAUUUUGGCGGGAAAGUUGGUAGAAGUGUUUUAAAAGCUCUAGUAAUAGCUUUUAUUAUAUCAGGACCUCUAGAAAACUUAUCUAGUAAUGGGAAAGAAGUAGUACGUGUUUUUGCUUGUACAGCAUCUCUGACGUUUAAUUUAACCAAGACAAGGUUUGAACUGAUGUUCAAGCCUUUUACACAAGCGAUUUUUGGCAUGAAAACGGACUUAAACGAAGUAAAAGAUACUUUAAGAUCGAUUAAAGAAGUAUCGGCACCAAUUACUGGUGAGAUCGAAGAUGAACAAGAAAUGAAGAAAAUUAGAGAAGAAAACGACUAUCUUGAUGAAAAAAGCGGAGACACCAAGAGUUCUGCGCUUAUUUCUGAUAAGUACGAAACAGCAGGAGAGAAAUCUGAAGCUGGCAGGUACGAAAAGCAGUACAUGAAGAAGGUCGAGAUGCGUUGUAUGGACAUGUUUGCCAGAUCAGCAAUGAAAUGUCGUAAAAUGUUCGAAAGCGGUUAUAACAAGUGCUACGAAACAGUUACGUGGAUUGCUGCUUGGUUACUGUGCUGGCCAAUGAAGUUAGACUUUGUUUGUAACAUUGCUGAAGCCCUAGGUGGAGCUAGUAGAUGCGACCCAUCCAAAGAUAUAGAUCCAGGUUUCGGUGAUGGAUACACUUAUCUUAAGCAUUCCAGAACAUCAUUGUCACAAAAUUUUAAAGAUGUCAAACUGCAGUACAAGAUAGGAAAGAUAAAGCAGUUGCGUGACAUCAGAGAUGUCCGAGACACUGCCGUAGCCAUCCUGCACAAGGUCGAAGCCAAAAAAGCCAUUUUGGCGCAGAUUUUGAACAUAAUAAAAAGAAUUUUGGCCUUUGUGUUCCUUAGGGUGAUUUUGGCGUCCCAGAACUACCAAGAGAAAUAUUUGAAGGAUUUGGAGUUCGAUAAUAUUUAUAUUAGCAGAUAUUUUCGAAAAAUAGAUGCUAGAAGAAAGGCUUCCGAGAAAUUACCUCUACUGCCUUUGAAGAAAAUCGAAUGUAACAAAUUGGUAGAUCCUGCCAGUUCUAAACCUAUCAAAUCUGAAAGGGAACAAAUAAAAAAAGAGACGUUUUUUCUAUGUUUGGAAAUGAUAACGGCUACCACAUUUAUUCUAUUGGACAGACUGUUUUUUGAAGCAUUGGACAUAGUGAGAAGACAUGCUAAAAUAGAAUAUCUGACCACAGGAAAGCAUGAUCUAGUACUGGAAGUCAAAGGCACCGGCAUGAUCGCGUCCAUUCUAAGAUCACUCGUCAAAGGUUUCAACGUGAAAAAGCGUAUUAGAAUGGUACGGAACAAUGAGAAAUGCUUGCCCAGACCUAGGGUAUUAGCCAAAUCGUAUUUUUUCAAGAUAUACGGCACUUAUUUUGCCGUGUGGACGAUGUUGUGGGUGCAAGCCUACACCAACCGCCUGCGCAGACUGAUAUGCGCGUACUUCUUCAGAAAAAGGGAGAAAAAAAGGAUUUUGUUUUUGUAUAAUGAAACGUUGAAAAGAAGAAAGGGAUUUUUCAGGUUUAUGAAGAAAAAUGUUGAAAGAAAAGCUAGAGAACGUCGUCUUGAAGAAAAUUACAAUGCUUUUCAAGUUUUGAGGAUCAAAUAUCCCAAACAAUGCGACUGGUUGAGAUUUUUCAAGUGCGCUAGAAAGAAAUGUUUGGUUUGUGAAGAUCCUGAGCCAAGAAAACUCAGUAAUUUUAUAGAAUGCAUGAACGACAUGUGUCAUUUUGUUUAUUGUAUGGAGUGUUGGAACGAUAUGGGUCGGGAAUGCCUCGUUUGCAAAAUUGAUAGCGAAUCUGAUGAUUUAACAGACGAAGAAGACGAAAUAGACAUGUUUUAAAGAAGAAUAGCAAUUAGGAGAUUAUUAUAAGAUAAAUAAAAACUAAAAUUUA